AUUUAAAACCACACUUUAAUAUGUCCUUUCAGGAAACGUCGGAAAGUAUUAUUUUUCAUUAUCAUCACAGAUUCCGUGGGCAUGGAGGUGAAAGUUGGUUUUCUGCGCUUCUCCUUGACAACCUUGUGGACGUCGUCUGUGUCCAUCGUCAUCACUUCUGUCCCCAUGAUGAUUUUCGUUCUUAUCUUCCGCAAUUAUCGGCCCUGCCAGGGCCCAGGGCUGGAACCAAGAAAUAUCUAAAGGAGGAACUUACUAAAAUAGCUAAUAUUGCCAAAACACCUGACCUCAAAGAGAACACAGGCAAGUCGGAAGAGAGCCCGAAGGACUCUGUGGGAACCAAUCUGCAGACUAACCUACUGCCCCACUACUGGUGCUACAUCGGCUGGCUGCUCCUGAUGGCGACCGCAGCGACCUGCGCCUUCUUCCUGGUGCUGUACAGCAUGCAGUGGGGCAUCACUACCUCCGAGGAAUGGCUUGCCUCCUUCGUCAUUUCCUUCUUCGAAAGCAUCUUUGUCAUGGACCCUAUCAAGGUGAUAUUGCUGGCGUGUCUGCUAGCCUACUGCAUCCAUAACCCAUACACAGAGCAGCCUCACAGUGAGGACGUGACCUUGGAGCGAGUGCAGGCGGAGGUCAGCAUGUUCAGCGCUCGGGCUGUAGACCCCGCAGCUCUGCCACCUGACCCCCCGCCACGCAAUGUUCUGGCACAGUCCCGCAAGCGUCGCUUACAAGAACAAGAAUCACAGCGGGUCUUCUUCGACCUCCUCCUUUAUAUCGUCUUUGUCUUCUGCGUCUUUUCUUUGUCGUACGGCAACCGUGACGAAGACGCGUUCUACCAAAACGGCCACCUUGAUAGUCUGCUGUAUACGUCGACGGGUGAUGCCCAUUUUCCCUUCGCUAAUAUCACCAAGCGAGAAGAGGUGAUGAGGUGGAUGAAUGAGACGAUGCUGCCCGUGUUGUUUCCUCGGAGAGACAGUCUGGGUAACAGCCUGCAACUACGUGAACGAGUCUUCACCUCUGACCCCAGCAGCUUCAGGGUUGGUCCCGUCCGGGUCCGUCAGCUCAGGAUGCCUUUCAUGGAAAGAACCAGUACAGUCGGAAGCUAUUUGUCCCUGCUCGGAAGGCGCCAGUAUUGCCCCCCUUACAGCAUGGGGCAGGAGGAGACGGGGAUGUACUGUGUAGGGUGGAAACCACUGGCUUCUUGCUCCUACGAAGAAAGAAAUACCAAGCUGAGCCGGGCCGCCUGGAUGUACCAGAGCUUUGAAGGCAUCUCCUCCCUGCCUGUAUGGGGAACUUACUCCGUCUACAGCAGUGGCGGCUACGUUAUGGACUUUUCCGUCAACUGGGACGUGAUAAGUCUAAUGUUACAAGAACUAGAAGAGAAGAUUUGGCUGGAUGAACAGACACGCGCCGUCUUUGUAGAGUUUUCCCUCUACAACCCUGACAGCAACCUGUUCUCGUACCUGCGACUCUCUGCUGAGUUCCCCGAGACAGGUGACAUCUACCUGGGAAGAGAAAUACAGACCUUCCGCAUCUACGAACACCUGCAGGUUAUAGGUUUCUACAUGUACAUCUGCAAAAUUAUCGCUGCUAUCGGCGUCAUCAUCUUCACCAUCAAGAUUGCCCUCAAGAUCAAACAGCAAAAGCUCGGUUUCUUCCAUGACUUCUGGCAGGUGUUGGACCUUGGCAUCGUAAUGAUAUGCUAUGUUACCAUGGCUUUCUACGCCAUCAAGAUGAUGAAAGUUAACGAGUCCAUGGCUGUCUGGCGGGAUAAUCCUAAGCAAUACGUAGACUUUUACCAGACGGUCUUCUGGGACAACAUGUAUGGAUACUCGCUGGCCGCCGUCGUCUUCAUCACCACCAUCCGCCUGCUGCGCAUCCUGGGCUACAACCGACGACUGACGAUGAUCGCCGCCGUGCUGGCCAACUCCGGCCGGGACCUGUUCGGCUUCUCGCUCGUUUUCGCCAUCAUCUUCGUGGCCUACCUCUCAGCAGGCUACCUCGUCUUCGCCAGCACCUUGUCCGAGUUCCGCUCGCCGUGGGAGUCGGCUUUCGCGUUGUACCAGCUGCUGCUGGGCAGGAACGUGCUGGCCGUCUUCUCGGACGAACUGGCGUUGUUCGCCUGGGUCUACUUCAUUUCCUACGUCAUCCUGGUCUUCAUGAUCCUCAUGACAAUGUUCCAGGCGAUCGUGUGUGGGUCCAGCACCAUUGUCCGCUCAGAGGUCAGCAGCGUGCCGCCCCCCUAUGGGCUGACCAACCUGUUCGUCAAGUUCUACCACACCGUCAUCGCCGACCUGCUCCCUGCCUGGCUUACACGUGGCAAAAGUGCAACAGGUCUCGCUAAAGUGCACGCGCAAUCAACAGGAAGCACAUCCGAAGAUCCCCACACCCUAACAGGAAACUUAAGGCGCCUAAACACCUGAGUACGAAAAGGGGAAACUCUUCCUGUCGACAGACUUAAGGCAUGUUUUUCAGGAUGUAAUCCAAAAGAUGCUAUGAGAGAGACUGGCGGGAUUUCAUUACGCAAGAAACAAAAGGUUCAGUUCAACCGUUUGAAAGCUAAGGAAUUUUCUUUCAGACAUUUACCGUUAUCUGUUCAUAAUUUUCAAAAUUUCCUUGAAGUUGAAUUUUUUUAAAAAGUAUCUCUACAUUCUCUAGCUAUGUCAUCGUUGUAUCCUCCUGCCUUGUCAUCGGUCUUAUCAGGAGUGGGCAGAGUGCGCCCCCUUUGCCAAAAUGGGAAGUGCACUUGUUUGCCUUUUUUUUUUUUUUAUUCAGGUGAGCUUAAGUUGAUUGAAAUUUAUCAAGUACAACAGCGUUAGAAAUCGGCAGUCUGUGACAUUCUAAUACAAAGUACAAAAAUAACAAAUAACACGGCUGACAUGUCUGAUGGAGUCGUUAGAGAGCAUCGGGGGCGGCUGUCUUCAAAAUAAAGGCUAGUUUAAAUUUUUUAUUGUGAGGAAAUUUAAAUAUUUUCACUUUACACAAAAUAUUUUGUAAGUGAACGCCUUUAUGUCCUCAUUUGUUGUCCAUUCCAUUAUCGCUUGGUUUGUUGUGAAGUUACCUGGCCUGGGAUUUUGGUAGAUCACCUGCCCGCCGCAGAGCUUCAAAUUUUAAGUCCGGCCCACAAAAAGAAACCUUUGCUCACCCCUGGGUUAUUUCCAUGCAUGGUUUUACUUCCUUUUAGUAUUUUUACAAGAAAUCACAUUUGACUGUCUUCAAUGUUGUUUUGGUUUUUCUUUUCUCUUUACGAAAUGUAUUGAUGGUUUGUGUUAAUUAGUAAUUCGGCAUAACUGCUGAAUUUAUUCCUGUAUUUGCUUUUAAUAAUCUACAUGCGAUUUUUCAUGUUUCUUGCUUCUAAAUAAAACAUUGAAGAACGAAAAGCAGUCACAAGUUUGACAAAAAUAUAAUUACAUAGUAAUGUUCUUGGCUAUGAAAAGUCACUCCAACAAAAGCAGGUUGUGCAGAAAUCACCAAAUUCAGCAAUAUAAAAUGCGGUUUUCUGCUAAAUGGGUUUAAACAAGCUGGCGAUGAGCUCUUUCUUAAGUUUUGCUUUCUUAUAUUUUUGUCAUAAAUAUAAUUGAAUUAAAAUAUUAAACUUGUAUCUUACUUUAAAUGCGAAUGUUUCUUUCAAUCAUUACAAGAUAAUAACAAUGAAAUAUGGGAGAGACAAGUACACUGGAGGGAAGGUAGACUGUUUUGAUAUUGUAUUGCAUAUUAUAGUCUCUAUUUAUUAUUGCAGAAUUGCAAAGACUUUUUAAAUAUCAUGUUACACAAUUUUAGAAAGCUUCACACUCAUGUGUCUAAGCAUAUAUAAAAUGCAAGGCUUUUAAUGUGUUUAUUAGUUCCAUAAACUUGUGGUUAGUGCGUUGGUUUGAAGUCAACACGAGAACAUUUCACAAGCUUCAUUACCUUCACCUCUCUCUUGGAUACUUGAUUUCCAGGACGGAUCAUGUAACAACUGUGUAAUGCGAUUGACAAUUUUUUAAAUGUUUUAUUACAUUUAAAAAAAACUGUGUUGUUUAACAGCAAUCGUUUUCCUUAACAAAUUUUGUGUGGCUGUUUGGUCGGUUUGUAGAUGUACAUCGUAUAUUGAUCUAAUAAGCUAUCAUUUUUUUAUCAUUAUCUGUACACAUUGUCUUUGUAUAUGUUCAUAUACACACGUUUGAGAAAUAAAAUAAAUCAAAGAACGCAUGAACGAGGAGGAAGACAAUAUACAUUAUUAUUAAUAAUAAUAAUAAUCAUCAUCAUCAUCAUCAUCAUCAUCGUUGUCGUCGCAGUGAUCACUGUCGUGAUGCAUUACGACACCUUACACCAUUUUUUGUUUGUUCUUCCGCAGAAGCUGCCUCGCUAUCUAAAUUUGCGUUGUGAGAGUUUGUGCUGGAAACAAGACAUUACUGGUCUGGCAUUAUUUGUGCAUGAGGUAGUUCCGUUUCCUUGCGUGUGUGUGUGUACACGCAUAUGUGUAUUUACCCAUUCAUCAUUUUUUUCAGUUUUUUAAUCUACAUGUGAUUAAACUUC